CCUACAACUCGAAAUACCAAACUUCCAUUGGACCACACAAAAUGGCCUUACCACUUCCUUCAGGGCUCACUCCCUCAGAAGUUGCAUUUCUAUGUGAAAUGGAACUUGUCACUGUCGUUCCUCGCCAACGCCUUGAAAGCAUUGAUCUUCUAUCGGGAACGACACCGACUCUCCGACCGCCGCACAGAAGUAACUUACCUUUAUGGCUUGCGAUACUGUUAAAGAAGCAACGGCGCGCGAAUAUUGUUCCUCCUCCUUGGCUCCAUCCCGAUUCGUUACGCGAUAUUGUUCAUCACGAAACAAAGAUCGAUCCUAAAGGAUGGGCACCGCCACCUCCUCCACCAGCGAGAGCAGAUAGUCAAGGAAAUGCGAGGCGACUAAAUCCCUUUCUCGAAGACGAGACAGUAUUGUCGCCACCGUUUCUUCCAUCUUGUACAUCAGAUGCGCCUUCAGGUGCCUUGCCAUAUCACUGGUUCGAAGUCGCAGAAAUGCUCCUGGCACAUGCCUCGGACGAUGUCGCCUCCUCUUCAGAAGUACGCUCGCUACUUCGAGAUCUACAAGAGGUCAGGGCUGCAAAGAUGCGUUCCAGUACCGCCCAACUUGAGGGUGGAGUCGACGGUGUCAUGAGUUUACGAGGAGUUGGAGCUAUGGAGCUUGCAGAGAGCAGAGGAUUCGUCGUCGGUGUAGUGGAAGGUGUGAGGAAACUCGGCGCAAGUACAGAAGCAACUCGAAGAGAUGAGGAGGAACAAGGUGGUGGUAAUGAGUCGGAUGAGCCGAGCGAUGAGGAUAUGGGACUAUGACCCUCCAUCUAGGCUAUGAGCGAAGAAUAACGAAUUCACGAAAAGGGGUGAAGCAUACAUGGCGCACUGGAAGGAGAACGACUUCCCAUGAUUUUAAACUCCAUGAAAUGCCAAACAUCACUAUCAACUCAUACCUGCACUGCCGCCUGAGCAAGGGCCAGCCUGUGCUUAGCAAGUCGUGCAGGGUGAAUUCGAACCUUCCCGCCAGCGGGAGGCUGAAGAUGAGGUGCCAGCACCUCCCAAGUUGCGCCCUGCAACAAGGCUCCCAUAAAGUCCUGGCGCAUAUC